CGAGAGAAAUUCAUCUCUUCUUAGUUCUUCCAUUGUUUUCCCGGCAACAACACCAACUUAAAACCCUAAUUUCCCAUCUCCACUCUUCCCUGAAUUCGAGGCCUUCUCUCGUCUCUUCCUCACUCUAACAUUUCUCACCAUUGGACGAAUCGAUUCAUCAUUGUUGAAAUUUCCAAUUUUUCUUCCUCAAUUUUUCCCUUCUGUAAUCUCAGAGUGUGUUUGUGUUUGAAGGUCCUUCAAUGGAGGAGGACCGCAGUGAGGUGAGUGAUUACAGUUCGGAGGACGAAGGAACCGAAGAUUACAGGCGCGGAGGGUACCAUGCGGUUCAGAUUGGUGACACUUUCAAGAAUGGGUGUUAUGUUGUGCAGAGCAAGCUUGGUUGGGGUCAUUUUUCCACUGUUUGGCUCGCUUGGGACACUCACAAAUCGAGAUAUGUUGCCUUAAAAAUUCAGAAGAGUGCUCCUCAUUACACUGAAGCGGCAAUGGAUGAAAUAACGAUUCUCAAACAAAUUGCUGAUGGGGAUCCAGAUGACAAGAAAUGUGUAGUAAAGCUUUUGGAUCACUUUAAGCAUUCAGGGCCUAAUGGCCAGCAUGUUUGUAUGGUUUUUGAAUUCCUUGGUGAUAAUCUCCUCACCCUUAUCAAGUAUAGUGAUUAUCGAGGGGUUCCUCUUCCCAUGGUGAAGGAAAUUUGUUUCCAUAUUUUGGUGGGUUUGGAUUACUUGCAUCGUGAGCUUAAAGUAAUACACACAGAUUUGAAACCUGAGAAUGUUUUGCUUCUGUAUCCAAUAGAUCCAUCUAAGGACCCUAGAAAAUCAGGCGUUCCACUUAUCCUUCCAAAUACAAGGGAUAAGAUUGUGACCAAGAAUGGGACUACAAUGGCUAAUAAAAGUUUGAAUGGAGAUCUGACCAAGAACCAGAAAAAGAAAUUGCGGAAAAAGGCUAAAAAGGCAGCUCAAGGCUGUGUUGGGAAGGAAGAUGGUGAGGAAGCUGAGGAGGAUUCAAAAGAACCUAAUGAGCAAGAUGAUUGUAGUAAUGAUGUGAAACCAAGUUUAGAAUCUGGUGAAAUUAAACCAAGUAGUCCCGUGAGUAAAGAUGAAUCAUCAAAGAAUUCUGUAAAUAAGGAUAUUCCUGAAGGAAGUCAUGGUCAUAGGAGGGGUAGCCGCUCUAGAAGAAAGGAGUUGCUUGCAGCUGUUGAUCUUAAGUGCAAGCUGGUUGAUUUUGGUAAUGCUUGUUGGACUUAUAAACAAUUCACAAAUGAUAUUCAGACAAGGCAGUAUAGGUGUCCUGAGGUCCUCCUUGGAUCUAAGUACUCAACUCCAGCAGAUCUAUGGUCCUUUGCAUGCAUUUGCUUUGAGCUUGCCGCAGGCGAUGUUCUUUUUGAUCCUCAUAGCGGUGAUAACUAUGAUAGGGAUGAGGAUCAUCUGGCAUUGAUGAUGGAGCUUCUUGGGAUGAUGCCUCGCAAGAUUGCACUUGGUGGACGCUAUUCCCGCGAUUAUUUCAACAGAUAUGGUGAUUUGAGGCACAUCCGUCGGUUGCGUUUCUGGCCUCUUAAUAAGGUGAUGAUGGAAAAGUAUGAAUUCAGUGAACAAGAUGCAAAUAGCAUGGCUGACUUCCUUCUUCCAUUACUUGAUUUUGUCCCUGAAAAGAGGCCAACGGCUGCACAAUGCCUUCAGCAUCCAUGGUUCCAUGCAGGUCCCCGGACUCUCGAGCCCUCAUUGACUACAGUGCAGCAUGAUGCUAUUGAGGGCGGCGAGAUAUCUGAAAAGAAGCAAAGGGAAAAUUCUGAGGAGGAGGCUGUGGAAGUUGGUAUGGGAAAUAUGGUCAUAGAUGGAAAUCCAAAGCCACUCUAAGAGUUCCAAUCUAUGAAAGCCUUCAGAAUAGAAACAAAUUGGUUUGUUUGGAUGGGGUAUGCACCUGUUUUUGUUUAUAUGGUAAGCCUAGAUGGUCCUUGGAGAUUCAUAUUAUAUUUAACUGUUAUAUUAAGCAACCAAGGUCAUAUUCAAGAGGUUGUAUUUUGGGAAACCCCAUUCAGGGUAGCUAGUCACCUAUUACAGAAACUGCACUGUGAUAUAACUACGAGUUUUUUUUUUUUACUUUCUUGGAGAGUUUGUUUGAGGCUUCUCCCUAGGUUAGAUUUUCAUCUCUUCAGAAGUGCUAUAUUUGAGGUGCUCGAACUGUACAUUUUAAUGAGUUAUUAUUUUUUGUGCCAUAUUAAAUUUUGUUGCUGUA